GACAAGUAAGGACUAAUCAUGGGAUUCAGAUACUAGUGGACUCAACCAACACCAAAGAAGUGUAACGGAGUCAAAAUCUCAUAUCCAAAAGCAGUGAGUGAUCCAGCUACUGUUAAAAACCCCUUUGUAUAACAAUCCUUUGAACCCUUUCGUUUUUCUCAUUCCACUCUCCAAUUCUGCUUCAUCCUCGACAGCUUCCUCAUUUCAAAGUUGAAAUGACUUCUCGGGUGGUGAGGACAAAUAUGAGACUUCGAAGAAGGGAUGGUGGGAAUGGGACUCAAAGUGAACACCAGGGAGAUCAACAAGGGACUGAACAAGCUCCAACUGUGAUGCCGCAGAUUGUGUCUUGGCCUCCUAUGAUCGAUAUAGAUGCCAUUGAAGAUGAUGAUGAUGUUGUUGAAUCAACUGCAUCUGCUUUUGCUCAGGCUAAAAACAAAUCAAGAGGUGCGCGCAGAGGACUCGUAGUAGUUGAUGUAGACUCAGGUGGGACUACUAGAUCCACAAGGCGUCGCUCUGAUCAAAGUGCUGACUCGGUUGAGCUUAACAAGCCGAGAAAGUCCAAGGCCGUGGCUCCUGUAGAGGAACCAAAAUUUAACUGUCCAAUCUGUUUGUGUCCAUUUACGGAGGAGGUGUCAACGAAGUGUGGUCAUAUUUUCUGCAAAGAGUGCAUAAAGAAUGCGAUAUCUGUCCAAGCUAAAUGCCCGACAUGUCGUAAAAAAGUCAGUGCUAAGGACCUUAUCCGGGUAUUCCUUCCAACCACCAGAUGAGUGAUACAGAAACAUCACUAAUAGCCAAGGUUAAUGGUCUAUGGAUUUUAUCCCCCAACAAUGAAGAAAUGUUCAUCAGUUGUAGUUUGUUAUGUCUAUAUCGUUCUGUUUUGUGAGAGAGAUAUUUAGGAAUCAUGGAAGACCUAUUUUUCUAAUGAAUAUCAUUCUUCGGUGAUCUUCAUUAUUUGAGUAGGAACUUAUUGCUUAGUGAUUGUUAAGUUAUUUUAGUGAAGAUAAUGUUGAAUAUUAAGAAAGCAUUCUACA